AUGGAUGCAUCUCCUUUCGAUGAUUUUGCCUAUAAUGUGAGCUCUACUGCUACAGAAAUAGCCCAUGACGUGUCAGAUAAAUUGAAAAAAUCUAUUAAUAUAGAAAAUCGUGUGAGUUCUAUCUCCUACAAUGGAUUUAAAGAGAUGCUGACAAAUGCAAAUGAUCUGGUUAAAAAGCUAUAUGAACCAGACGAUAUUUUAGUCCAAUUCUCAUGUGCGCCAAUUCAUUAUCUAAACGUCUUUUGGAGAUUGACAGUGGUUGUGAACUGCACCAUUACUCAAAUUUCGAAUACGAGUAUACUAUCUCAAAGAAUUCUGAGUUUUCGGGAAUUCUUUGUUUUGUACCAGGAAAUUAAACGAUUCAGCCAACUUCCAACAAUGGCGGUAAAUAGACCAACCAGUGAUGAAACUUGUUCUCUCUGUCUUGAUGCCUGUCUAAAUUCGAUCUUGCCUUGUGGUCAUGACUUCUGUAGAAAUUGCAUAAAUACCUGGGUUAAAACUCCAUUCAAAUUGCCUUCGGAAAGAACCUUAUUUACUCCAUCUUCCAAUCGUAGUCAGAGUAACUGUGGGUUGAAAAACCGUCAGCAAUGUCCCCUUUGUCGUCAACCGUGUCCACGAAGUUCAGAGGCAUGGGACGUUCUUAAUUGUCCGGAUGCCUCGGAAUGUCGAAAAGAGAUGGCCUUGGUCCUUUAUAAUUUGAUAUUCAAUGCUGGUUCUCCUCUUCAGGACCCAAAGUCACACAAAUGA